AUGGCGCGCAAUAUCUGGGCGAUCCCUUUGGAGCUGUCCAACUUCAACAUCAUCCUGGCCCUGCUAGGUGGCUUUAUCUCGCUCUUUGGCCUGGUUUCAUUUCUUCUUAAAGAGAAUUUUUAUCUCUCCGAAGCCCUCAUAUCGCUCCUCGUGGGCGUCGCGUUUGGACCAAAUGCCGCCAACUUCAUCCGGCCCAAGGCAUAUGCCGAAUGCUACCAGAGCGGCGUGUCCGAGAUUGAGUGUCAGAGCAACCUAGACAGCAUCACGCUCAACUUCUCUCGGCUGGUGCUCGGAGUGCAGCUUGUUCUGGCUGGUAUUCAGUUACCCAGUAAAUAUCUUCAGAAGGAAUUGAAGCCCACCCUCCUACUCAUCGGGCCCGGCAUGGUAUGCAUGUGGCUGGCCACCAGUCUGCUUAUCUGGGCCCUCGUAGGGACACCCAGCGUUCUGCAUGCCCUCGCCGUCGGCGCGUGUGUAACGCCUACGGAUCCGAUUCUCUCGGCCGUAAUAGUCAAAGGGAAAUUUGCCGACAAAAACAUUCCCAAGGAUCUUCAAGACCUCAUCGUCGCCGAAUCGGGUGCCAACGAUGGACUUGGCUACCCGUUUUUAUUCUUUGCCCUUUACCUCAUCAAGUACGUGGGCUCGGGGGCCACGUCUGGCAGUGCCAAGGACGCCAUGGGUCUCUGGUUUGCGUUUACCUGGGGGUAUACAAUCAUAUUUAGCAUCGUCUACGGGGCCGUGGUAGGCUGGAUAGGCAAAGAGCUGCUACACUGGGCGGAGGAGCGCAAUUACGUGGACCGCGAAAGCUUCCUCGUUUUCGCAGUCGCCCUCGCCUUAUUCAUAUUAGGCACCUGCGGCCUGAUUGGGACCGAUGAUGUCCUCGCCUGCUUCAUUGCCGGGAAUACCUUUACAUGGGACGACUGGUUUCGGCUGGAGACCGAGGACGACUCUCUGCAGCCGACUAUCGAUAUGCUGCUCAACGUUACUGUCUUCCUGUGGUUCGGCGCGUCCCUUCCUUGGGAGCUUUUUGGCAGCAACGCUGUUGUCCCAACCUGGCGCCUUGUCAUUCUCGGCCUGCUUGUCCUCAUCUUCAGGCGGUUGCCGUGGGUAUACGGCAUGCACAGCCUCAAUUUCAUCGACGAGCACCUGAGCGACGAAAAGGGAGUGCCGCGAGGUGAUGUCAAGAACCUCGGUGAAACCUUUCAGGUCGUCGUCUGGUUCCUUGCCGUGUGCAGCACUGUGGUCCACGGACUUAGCAUUCCGCUUGGAAGGAUGGGCUAUCUCGCGCCGAAGAGGAUUGGCCGCGUCCUGAGUGAGAGCUUGAGUGACGAACCGCAAGCGAUUGAGGCCCGACGCAGGAUUCCCGUCAUCGGCAGGUAUCUUACCGGCAAGAUUGGCGACAUGGAGCCCACUCAGCCCAGGCACAUCCAAGGACCUAUAGUGUCAGCCGACCCCCGUCCGCUUUAUUCGGCGGUUGAAGUUCCGACCCGGGACCGAGCCGGUAUCGCACCCGGCGCUGCUGGCCAUGCGGAAAGUGAUUCGGGGACCGAAAUCCCCGUUCGGCGGGAAAGGGAGAUUCGAUUCCCCGAUGAGGCUCAUGUUACACUCGAAGACACACGAGAUUGA